CGACGGGCUAUUGUCAACCAACGGGCGGGGCGAAGUGGAGCGGGUAAAAGAAGAAGGCGGAGGGAUAUUGGCGAAAGAUCAACGGAGUGGUGUGAGGGCGUGUCAAAGAGCAGCCGGUGGUGCGUCUCGGUUGCAGAGAGCUGAAAAAUGACAACUGCUAACAAGACACCUCCUGGUGCAGAUCCAAAGCAGCUAGAAAGGACCGGAACAGUUCGGGAAAUAGGAUCACAAGCUGUUUGGUCACUUUCCUCUUGUAAACCAGGAUUUGGUGUGGACCAACUACGAGAUGAUAAUUUGGAAACCUACUGGCAGUCUGAUGGAUCACAGCCUCAUUUGGUGAACAUCCAGUUCAGAAGAAAAACAACAGUGAAGACACUAUGUAUUUAUGCAGAUUAUAAAUCCGAUGAAAGCUACACUCCAAGCAAAAUCUCUGUCAGAGUAGGCAACAACUUUCACAACCUACAGGAAAUCCGGCAACUUGAAUUAGUGGAGCCAAGUGGUUGGAUUCAUGUUCCCUUAACUGAUACACACAAGAAACCUAUUCGCACUUUUAUGAUUCAGAUUGCCGUUUUAGCCAAUCACCAAAAUGGAAGAGACACUCAUAUGCGACAAAUCAAGGUGUAUACACCAGUGGAAGAAAGUUCUAUUGGUAAAUUUCCCCGAUGUACAACAAUUGAUUUCAUGAUGUAUCGUUCAAUUAGAUAAACAUAUAACUUUUGUAAUUUAAUUAUGGCAAUCUAUUUUUGUAUAAUUUAAAAAUAAAAUCUGGUUCUUGCUCUGUUU